GUUCAAAAGAAAAGCAUUAGGUAAUCAUUGAAUUACGUAAUGAACCCUUAUGAUCUUAUAUUAUAUCGGAUAAAACUAUCUCCGCAGGUAUCCCACUUUCAAUAAGUCUACAGAUCCAUGUCUUGGUUCUAAUAGGUGGAUCAACUAAAAGUACCCAGGUAUCUGAUCCCUCUGUUAACAUGAAGCACACGGCUACCGAAACGGUCUUUGGUAAUCUGAAGCCACAUGCAUACAACACAUACACCUCCACGCUACAGCAUUGGCAAGGAGAAGGUCCGCAGUGAAUACGAUAUUGCAGGAGAGGUUUCUUCGGAGGAACUACUACGGAAACGAGUAUACGUAUAUUCUACAUCUUCCCUUCUUUUACUAAAGCUGGCUAUUCUACUCCAAUAGGCCCUGGAAGGGCCCGUGAAGUUUCAUCAUGAGUUCCCUGAAGCAGUUUAUUCGCAAUGUGCGUGCAGCAAAAACUAUCGCCGACGAACGAGCUGUCAUCCAAAAGGAGAGCGCUGCCAUUCGGGCCAGUUUCCGUGAAGAGAGCGGAGAUCACAACGUCAGACGCAACAAUGUAGCCAAGCUUCUAUACCUAUUUACCCUUGGAGAGAGAACACAUUUUGGUCAGAUAGAAUGCAUCAAACUACUUGCAUCCCCGCGUUUCGCCGACAAAAGACUUGGUCACCUAGCUACAAGCCUUCUGCUAGACGAGAAUCAAGAAGUACUCACAUUAGUAACCAACUCGUUAAAGAAUGAUCUAGGUCAUUCCAAUCAAUAUGUCGUGGGCCUCGCCCUUUGCACCCUAGGUAACAUUGCUUCGAUCGAGAUGUCCCGGGACCUCUUCCCCGAAAUCGAAACCUUGGUCUCGACUGCCAACCCUUACAUUCGGAGAAAGGCCGCCCUAUGCGCCAUGCGAAUAUGCCGAAAGGUUCCGGAUUUGCAGGAACAUUUCGUCGAGAAGGCCGCCCAGCUUCUCUCGGAUAGGAACCACGGCGUACUUCUUUGCGGGCUGACACUAGUAACGAGCAUGUGUGAAGCGGAAGAGGAAGAGGGCAGUGACGAAGGAAUUAUUGACAAGUUCAAGCAGUUCGUACCGGUAUUAGUGAGAACUCUUAAGGGUCUGGCCACCUCCGGUUACGCCCCCGAACACGAUGUCACUGGCAUAACAGACCCUUUCCUACAAGUUAAGAUUCUCCGGCUACUUCGAGUCCUAGUUCGCGGUGAUGCGGAAGGCACCGAACAAAUCAAUGAUAUUCUCGCUCAAGUUGCUACCAAUACCGAUUCCUCUAAGAACGUAGGCAAUUCUAUCCUUUACGAAGCAGUCCGAACCAUCCUUGAUAUAGAGGCCGACUCUGGUCUUCGAGUUCUUGGUGUGAACAUCCUCGGCAAGUUUCUGUCGAACCGUGACAACAACAUUCGAUAUGUUGCUCUUAAUACGCUGAUCAAAGUCGUCGCCAUCGAGCCAAAUGCUGUCCAACGACAUCGGAACACUAUCCUAGAAUGCCUGCGAGACCCGGAUAUCAGCAUCAGGAGACGUGCUCUAGACCUCAGCUUCACCCUCAUUAACGAGAGUAAUGUACGAGUACUCAUUCGAGAAUUACUUGCCUUCCUCGAAGUUGCCGACAAUGAAUUCAAACCCAGCAUGACAAGUCAAAUAGGGAUCGCGGCCGACCGAUAUUCCCCUAACAAGCGGUGGCACAUCGAUACGAUGUUACGAGUACUUACACUAGCUGGAAACUACGUCAAAGAGCCCAUCAUGGCCUCUUUUGUCCGUCUUGUAGCAACGACGCCAGAGCUCCAGACAUACGCCGUCCAAAAGCUGUAUGCAAAUCUGAAAAAGGAUAUCACCCAAGAGAGCUUAACCCAAGCAGGCGCGUGGUGUAUUGGCGAAUACAGUGAUUCACUGCUCAGGGGCGGGCAAUAUGAAGAGGAGGAACUAGUCCAAGAGGUCAAAGAGCAUGAGAUCAUUGACUUAUUUACGAGCAUCCUCAACAGCAGCUACGGCACCCAAGUAUCUACGGAAUAUAUCGUCACAGCUCUUGUCAAAUUGAGUACGCGUUUAUCAGAUGGAUCCCAAGUGGAACGUAUCCAACGCCUUUUACAAAUACACCAAACCAGUUUAGAUGUCGAGGUUCAGCAGCGAGCUGUCGAGUACGGUAAUUUAUUUUCAUACGACGAAAUACGCCGCGGUGUACUUGAGAAAAUGCCACCGCCACAGAUUAAGGAGGAGUCCAGAGUGCUUGGUGAAGCAACCAAGAAACCUAAGAAGGGUGCUAAUCGCAAGUCGAAACUCGUUGCAAAACCUACUACGGACCAAGACCUACUCGAUCUGAUGGGAGACACUACAACGACACCGAUAACAUCCCCUACAAAUGGAUCCCAAAGUAACACUGAUCUACUUGCCGACAUCCUCGGUGGCGACACAACCUCAUCCCAAGCAGCUACAUCUCCGCCUCUACAGCAGGGUGGCGCAGCAUCGAUCAUGGAUCUUUUCUCUCAGGGUCCUCCAGCUUCAAAUCCCGCCCCCACCAGCUCCAGCCUUGACGUUCUCUCAUCUCUCGGAUCUCCUCCGCAUCAACAAACCGCAGCAACGCCGUCACCGCCGAGCGGUAUUCCUUGUUAUGAUGCCAAUGGCCUCAAUGUCACACUUCAGCUACAGCGUAACGCCGAAGGAGCCGUACAAGUUUUAAGUCGUUUCCGGAACUCAUCCGGCUCCAACCUUUCCAACGUAGGAUUGCAAGCAGCCGUACCGAAAUCACAGAAGCUACAGUUAAUGAGCAUUUCUAGCUCCGAUAUCGCGCCCGGGACCGAAGCUACCCAAGUGAUGAGGAUAACGGGAAGCAAGGGACCUCUCCGUUUAAUGUUGAGAAUUGGUUAUUCCCACCCGUCAGCCGGGCAAGUUAUGGAUCAGGUGAAGUGGACAGAACCAUCUUAAAAAUAGAAGGAUCAAUAAAAGGCGACUUGUUUAUACUCGCAUUGCACGUAUAUUCAUUUCUAAGAGAAUGUAGACCAUUUGUACAGCGCACCCGUGUAUUAGAAAAUACGACACUGAUACCCGUAGCAUCGAUUCCAUAUGGGUCGUCAUAGUACAGUGCAUCCUCUAUAAGUACCUAGGUAUAUUAUAACUACACAGCUACCUAGGUAGUUAAGUAGAUGGUAAUCAUCGA